GCGGAAAUGACGUCAGAGUUCUGCCUCCAACCAGGAGCGCAAUUUUCUUGUGUGAAAUGUUGGAUAACAGCUGCUUCCUUACGCUUACACAACUUAGCAUGUGGAGAGCUGAACGACUUCCUCCCGUCUAGUCUUUAAAAAAGUCUUUGUUUUGAAUGAGUUAAGAUAUAAAGACAGCAUGUCAAAGCGGAGAGAGCGCGCAGACACAGAGGCCGAUACAAAGAAACCGAAGCAAGAGCUGAGGGCGAAGAGCAGCGCAGCACAAGUGAGAGCAAAGAAGAAAGAUGCAGGUAACAGCAUCACAGAGGAAGAGGAGAAGCUCAAGAGGAAGGUCAAACCCAAGUCACGUUUGUCCUCCAAAACAACAUCAAGGAACAACUCUUCUUCCAAAUCCACCGCCACCACCGCUGCUGCUGAUGUCAAAACCAGCAGAUACUUCCAGUCACCAGUGAAGGAGGAGGUUGACAGUGAGGAUGACUUUGACAUGGGGACCUCACCACCACUGAAACUGAACUGCAAGAAACUGGAGAAAAAAGAAAAAGAAGAGGAAGAGGACAGUGAGGAAGAUGAGGAUGACUGGGAGGAAGUGGAAGAGCUAGCUGAGCCGCUGGGUCCAGUUGAACCACCAGAACCUGCCCUGCCCUCUCAGCCUGUAGAGAUAGAGAUUGAGACUCCAGAAGUCAGGAAAAAACAGAAGAGGCAGGCAGAGUUUGAGUCAUAUCUGAGGCGGAUGAUGAACAGAUACAAAAAAGACCUGCUGAUAGACACACACAAGGUCCAUCUCAUGUGCCUGAUAGCCAGUGGGAUGUUUCGCAACCGUCUGUGCAGUGAACCAGACCUGUUGGCCAUCACUCUGUCGCUGCUGCCCUCCCACUUUGGCAUGGUCGCCAAGGAACGCAUCGACCAAAACUACCUCUCUGGACUGCUCAAAUGGUUUAGAGCAACCUUCACCCUCAACCCCAGUCUUCCCUACGAGGAGCGUCCAGACCCCCAGGCUCUACUGGAGAGGCGGCUGGCCAGCCUUUCAGCCAGGAACCAUGAGGAAAUGACUCAUCUGUUCCUGUUGGUCCUGAGGUCUCUUCAGCUCUUCUGCCGAUUGGUUCUUUCUCUACAGCCGAUUCCUUUCAAACCCCCUUCAGCCAAGGGCAAAGGGGCUAUAACUUCUACAGGAAAGAGCCACACAAACCAAGAAACCUCCAAGACCACCUCUCCUGAGCCAAAGGUCUCUCCUGGCAGCAAGAGACCAGCUGGAGAGGGGAAGGCCAAAGGGGACAGAGGGGGAAAGAAAGCAAAGACAAAAGAAAUAAAGGAGGAGGAGGAAGAGGAGAAGGCUAUCACAUCAGGAGGACAGAGGCCGAAGAACUCAAAACGCCGCAGUGUCGCCUCAAAGGUCACCUACAAGGAGGAGAGCAACAGCGAAGGGGAAGAGGGGCUUAGUGAGGAAGAAUUUCAGGUGACCAGUGAGGAGGACAGUGAGGAUUCAGAGAGUGAGGCUAAUUCCACAAAGGGGAAGAAGGGGAGAGGGAAGAGCAAAGCCAAAGUGACCAACAAUAAAAACACAGCAGCUCCAAAGAGAAGAAGUGGUGGAGGCAAGAAACAGGUGAAAGGCAAGGGGGAGGAAGAAGAGGACGAUGACGAGGAGGGAGAAGGAACAGCGAACAAUGGAACAAAGCGAAGGAGUGGGAAGAAGAAAGAGGGCCCCGGAGCGGACGAGUGGUUGGAGGUGUAUCUGGAAAAGACGUCCUCCUGGGUUUGCGUGGAUGUUGAACACGGUGUCGGGAUGCCUCACCUCUGCUCCCAGAAUGCUACAGCGCCGGUCACGUACGUGGUGUCGGUGGACGGGGAUGGGUUUGUGAAGGACCUGGGGAGGAAGUACGACCCCACCUGGAUGACCUCAUCCAGGAAGAGGCGGGUGGAUGAAGAGUGGUGGGAGGAAACGCUGGAGCCGUUGUUGGGACCCGAGGAUGAAAAGGACAUGAAGGAGGACAAGGAGCUCCAAAAUAAACUUCUGAGCAAACCCCUGCCGAUCUCCAUAACGGAGUAUAAGGACCACCCGCUGUACGCCUUGAAGAGACACCUGCUCAAGUAUGAAGCCAUCUACCCUCCAACAGCUACUGUACUGGGAUACUGCAGAGGAGAGCCGGUCUACUCCAGGGAUUGUGUGCACACCCUCCACUCCAGAGACACAUGGCUGAAAGAAGCACGAACUGUCAGACUAGGAGAAGAGCCAUACAAAAUGGUGAAGGGCUUCUCUAAUCGUUCCCGUAAGGCCAGGAUGAUGUCUGAGCAGAAGGAUGAAAAAGACCUGCCUUUAUUUGGAGAAUGGCAAACAGAAGAGUACCAACCACCUAUAGCUGUGGAUGGGAAGGUUCCCCGUAACGACUAUGGUAAUGUGUACCUGUUUAAGCCCUGUAUGUUACCGGUGGGCUGUGUUCACCUCAGGCUGCCCAAUCUGCACCGCGUGGCCAGGAAGCUGGACAUGGACGCCGCCCCAGCGGUUACAGGCUUCGACUUCCAUGGAGGAUACUCACACGCCGUGACUGACGGUUACAUUGUGUGUGAGGAGCAUGAGGAGGUUCUUAGAGCAGCCUGGGUGGAAGAACAAGAACUACAGAAACAGAAGGAGAAAGAGAAAAAAGAAAAGAGGGCAAUCUCUAACUGGACUCUGCUGGUGAAAGGACUCCUUAUCAGAGAAAGGCUUAAACAGCGCUACGGCAAGAAGAACCAGGGGUUGGGGAGCCUCGCUAACGGAGAUGAAGCCGGAGGAUUUUCAUCUGAUGAGGAAGCGGUUGAGGGUGGAAGUCCUGGAGCUAAGACUGCAUCUGAAAUUCUGGCCAUGUCCUGGCCCCAAAAUAGACAAGCAGAGGAGGAUGGAGGGAACACCAGUGGACUGAAAAAGAAGUCGAUGACAAAACGAGAGAAGAAGGGGCAAGAGAAACAUCUGUUCCCCUUUGAGAAAGCGUAAUGUUGUAUAUUGAAAACUACACUUUCUGAUACUACCUUGUUCACAUGCCUUUAAAGCACGAUAACGUGUCUUGGAUGCAAAAGACCUGACAUCAUUUUAACAAGUCUGGUCAACCCUAGAACAUUUGGCAGUAACACUAAAGGAGGAGUUGAUGGCAGAAAGAGAGGAAUGUUCUGUCUUGAACUGAUUUUCAGACUGAUCAGUUUCUCCCAGUGCUGAUAAUGUGUGCAUUAAACCUCCUCCACUAUCGCUGUACAUAUUCCCAUUAGCUCACAAACUGUAUGAGUUUUUUUGUAUGAGCCCUUAAUAGAGAUACAGUGUGUGCCAACACUCCAGUGUGUGAAACAUGCAUUGUCAGUAUCAAAUCCAGCAAGCUGAUACAUGUGCCCUUGUGUAGAACAGUGUUAUCAGGUUGUGUUGGAGAGAACAAACUCAACAUGAAUGUGAGAACAGGGAAGUGUCCUUGCUGUGUCGUGUGUGUUUAACACAUACAUUACAUAAAAACGUGCUGCUGGUCAUUUUUACCCAGACAACUCUGAUACACUCAGCUGUCUUGCAAGUAUUCAGUGGGUGUGCUCCAAAACCUGUACAGUGUUGGUUUGAGCCCAGUGGGCGUAGUUUCCAUUACAGUUCAGCACGCAAAAAAACACCAUAUACAGCUUAUACAGCCGGCCUGAAAUCAAUGGCUUGUGUGGAAAGUAAACUGAAUACCAUGUGUAACAGCACUGCCAACAAAGCAGGCUAAUAAACACAUAUUUCUCAUGGCUUACAGUGCACGAACUGACAGCACAUACAGUGGAAGCUGUUUACUGUUACCACAGCUUAAUGGAGUGCAGCCAUUGUCACUGGCUUGACUGUUUGUAGCUCAACCAUUAAGCACUUUUGAGUUGACUGAACAAAUUUUGGUUGUCGAGUGUUGUUUUCUGACAGAGAAGCAGUAAUCUUAUUUAUCUGGGUAAAAUAUGAAAAUCACUAAGACAGAUUUCUCACAAAUACUCUACUCCUCAUUUUUCCUCUCCUUCCUUGUCCGGCUGCUGUAUCCCUGGAGGCUCACUUGUUUGUGCUGUAUUCUGGUGUAUCAGUUGUCAAAUUCAGCCUGUUUAUCUCACGCUCAUCUCUUUCACACUUUUGUCACUGUUUCACACCAUGUGUCUAUACAUGUUCGCACACAGUAGCCGUAGGCUGUAUGUAAAGCAGUCAGCAGUUUUUGUAUGAAAAGUAUUUUUGUAAGAAAUGUUUAAAUACAACUCAAAAGCAAAACAACCAAAA